AUGGCAAAAGCUUUUGCAAUUGCUCUUGUAUUUCUAGCAUUCGGAACAAGAGCGGAAACAAAAACAGGGCCAUACGACUCUACAGUACUAAGCCUUCAAUGGCCUGUGUCAUUUUGUACUGCUUUUAGGGUAAAGUGUGAUGAGCCGAUCGGAAAAAAUUUUACAAUUCAUGGUCUCUGGCUAAUGUAUUCAGUUCCUGAGAAGGGAUCAACUACAGUCGACGCUUACGAUAUAAACAAAGGAUGUACGACUAUCACACCAAAGCCUAAAGAUCGUAUUAACAAAAAAUUAUUAAAACCGAUACGACGCGACUUAAAGAUAUAUUGGCACGACAUUGUACACCCUCAAAACGAGUCCCGCAACAUAGAAAAUUGGCAGUACCAGUGGGAGAAACACGGGAUGUGUUUUGAUGAUCCCAAUCAACCUUUACAUUAUUUUCAAACGGCUUUAGUUCGUGCAAAGAGUCUUAACAUCCUCGACAUACUCUCUCUACAGAAGAUUGAAGUUGCCAUUAAAGAAUCUCUAAGAGUGCAACCAAUAAUUGUUUGCAACGAUUAUGGCGGAAGACUUCUAUUGUUCGAGGAAGUUCAUAUAUGCUAUCAUAAGAACGAAUAUAAUAGUGAAAAGAUAAGAUAUACAGAAGUUUGGGUCUCUCGUAAUUGGGAUUGCGGUAAUGGGUUGAAACAGGCAGAGCUUGUCAAGGCAAGUUUGACGACGGUGGUGUUUAACGGAGGGUUGGCAUGUGGUGACAGGAUCAAGCUCCAAAAGUUUCAGUCGGCGGCCCAUAUUGGUGGUCGGAUGGUCCAUCUUGAUUCCGACAAUGAGGGGAAGAUAGAAUGA